GAUAAGUGAGAAUGGGAGGAUACCAGGAGGUGCGGAGAAAGAUUAAAAGCGCCACGGCGUUGAAGCAGCGGCACAUCAGCAAAGGCAACGAGAGAGGAAGGACAGCAUAGUGACAACACUAGUGUGGGAGAAGAUCUAAAAAAAAAAAAAAAAAGUAGAAGAAGACAAGUUGCAACAGCUAGAAGACGCAGGACAAAACCGGAGAAGACAGACCAUCAAGAAGCAGAGAGACAACUGAGCUAGGACCAAAAGAGGAAAGAUUUUAAAAAUGCAAGCUUUCCUGCUUCUGGGCUGCGUCGUCUUUGCUACCUCAGAGUACAUCUUUGGCUCCGCCCACAUGUUGACCGACGACAGGCUCUCCACCAACAAGGUGACCAUGUUCAACUCACUCUCUCGAAACAUCGACGCCGGCUUACAACCGCCAGUUGUCAUUGUAGAACUGGCAAAAUCAGGAAGGAGGAAGAGAACAAAGAGGGUCAAAAAGAACAAGAUCGGCAAUAAGAGGCGCCCCCCACCCCCUGCGGACUGUGUUCCCCUGUGGGGGAGCUGUAAAUCUGCGGGGAACGUUUGCUGCGACUUGUGCGCCUUCUGCCACUGUCGCAUCUUCAGAACCGUCUGUUACUGCCGGAUGGGCAACCCUCGCUGCUGAGCACACAAGGAGUCCACGCGGACGCGGGGGUGAUGCGGACGGCUUCCUGGCCCAAGAGCUUGCCUGAACUUCACUGCAUGAAAGCACUUUAAGAGGCUGGACUGCGGCAGUCUGAUGAGGAGCGAUGAACACCUAAGCAA